AUGCCUCCUCCCCAGUCGAUAGCAUCGCCUCCCGGAUAUGCGUUUCCAUAUCAGAAUCUGAAGCGUCGCCUGACACGACCAGACAAGGUUCCUCUUGUUCUAAUUGCCUGCGGCAGCUUCUCCCCAGUGACGACUCUGCACCUGCAAAUGUUUGAGCUGGCGGAGAAGUAUGUAAAGCAGAGCGACCCCGGCUUCGAAAUCGUUGGAAAUUACAUGUCGCCCUGCUCGGAUGCCUAUCAAAAGGCAUCAUUAGCGCCGGCGCACCACCGCAUCCAAAUGUGCAGCCUAGCUGUCGAUACGGAUACGAAGACUACUAUUACAAUCGACCCUUGGGAGACGGUCCGCGUUGAUGAAUCAGGCAAGCCUCUGUACAGCCCGACGGUUGACGUGCUCCGUCAUUUCGAUCACGAGAUAAACAACGUGCUCGGCGGCAUUGAGACCCUGGACGGAAAUUUUACAGCGGCGCGAGUUAUGCUGCUCAUCGGCGCCGACCUGGCUGCUACAAUGGCAGAUCCCAAGAUUUGGGAUCCCGCUGAUAUUGAUGUAUUGCUGGGCCAUUAUGGAGCUUUCGUUGUUGAAAGGCCCGCCCAAUGCAGAAUUCAAGAUGCCAUAGAGCCCCUCGAGAAGUACAACGCCAAGAUCUGGGUCGUUCCGACGAUUAUCAACGAAGUCUCUUCAACACGCGUCCGUGCCCAAAUACAAAACGGAGAGAGGGUGGAAGACAUUCCGGAUUCCGUCUACAAAUACAUCAAAUUGCAUCACCUAUACCAGAGAAAGCCCACGACUAACGGUAAACCCGCCGAGAUUACCAAUGGGAACUAA